UAUAAAUUUACGGACUUGGAGCAACUUUCAUAGGGAUUGCAUUUAACUGAAGGAUAAGACUAGCACAUUGCUGCUGUGUCCAACCCUUAGAUUAUGGCUCUGAAGAUUUGUGAACAUUGGUCCCUGCUCAUUUUCCUCUUCCUUCCCUUUUGUCUAGGUCAGGAAGAAUACUCGGAGGUGAGCGUGAAAGAUAUUGCAAACUUGACAAAAUUUGUUGAAAACCAUGAAGGUUCCAGGUAUAUAAAGAGCGAACAGACUGAAGCUGCAAACCAUACAGGUGGGGUAAAUUUGAAAUCAGCUGCAGCUGACAAGACAGGAAAAAUACAAAUAAAGCUGAAAAGAAACAAAUUUGAAACUAAGGUGAUAAAACAGCCAACUUCUAAGGAACAACAUGAGAUUGUGGAUAGGCCUGCUCAUUUCGAAUGUAAUCGUUGUUGUUACCGAGCAGAGCCUGGUCCCCGUGGAUGGCCUGGUCCUCCUGGCCCAGCUGGUAUUCCGGGAAACCAUGGAAAUAAUGGAAAUAAUGGGCUACCAGGACAUGAAGGCGAUAAAGGUGAGCAAGGCCGUAAAGGCGACAUGGGACCCCGAGGAGAACGUGGAAUUCAAGGCAUUAAAGGAGAAAAGGGACAAGCAGGCAUCCCAUCAGAACUCAAAGUUGCUUUCAUGGCUUCUAUGGCAACUCAUUUUACAAACCAGAACAGUGGCAUUAUCUUCAGCAGUGUGGAGACCAAUGUUGGAAGCUAUUUUGAUGUUAUGACUGGAAGAUUUACUGCACCUAUAAAAGGUGUUUAUUUCUUUAUUUUUAACAUGAUGAAACAUGAAGAUGUGGAAGAAACAUCUGUCUACCUAAUGCACAAUGGAAAUGCCAUCAUAAGCAUGUACAGUUCUGAAUCCAAGGGAAAACAUGAUACUUCAGGAAACAGUGGAGUGCUUAAGCUUGAAACAGGAGAUGAAGUUUGGCUGCGGAUGGGAAAUGGAGCAUUGCAUGGUGACCAUCAAAGAUAUUGUACGUUUUCUGGCUUCCUCCUUUUUGAGGGUAGCUAAAAGCCUCCAUUAUUAAUGUAGCUCAGCAAUAAUAUUCAAUGUAGAAUCAUGAAAAUGUAAUUAAACAAUCUGAUCUAAAUCAACUCAUUAUCCAUUAUCUUUUCAGAGUGGUGAAAGAGGCUUUGUGAAUCAUAACAGUCCCAUUUCUUCCUUCUUAAUUGGUUUUUCACCAAGUAUUUUAAGUAUUUUCAUUCUAACUCUGCUUGCUUCAUUUCAACUGUCAGAUUACUGGUGCUAGAAAACUUACAUUUGGUCAUGCUUUUGUUCAUUCUGGUCAAGAUGAGGGCAUUUUCUUUGGUUUUCCAUCUGUACUCAAAAUCUCCUUUUGUAGAGGAGAUAUGAUAGUUUCAAACUGAAUGCACAAUUAAGAUAUGCUCAAAGGUGAUCACAGCUGUUCAUUAUGGACUGCCCAGUGCCAAUGCAGAUAAUAGCCCAGUAUGUUAGUUGUCUUACUCUUCCCAAUAUUAUAUCAUUUAAGAAGUGGACAAAUCUUGGGGAGAAAUGUUUGAAUAUCAUUUGACUGCCAUUUGUUCUCAGUUUCUAUACAUAACUCACUGAAAUGGCAAGAGAGUGUGUGGUAUAACAUAUUAGCAAACAUUUUGGCUUCUCGCAAUAAAUAAGAAGAUUAUAAUUUGAACAUGUUCACAAGGUCCAAACACACAUCUGAUUAGAUUAGAUUCCCUACAGUGUGGAAACAGGCCCCUUGGCCCAACCACUCUACACCAACCUUCUGGUGAGUAACCCACGCAGAUCCACUUCUCUCUGAGUAAUGCACCUAUUUACUAUGGGCAAUUCACCUGACCUACACAUCUUU